AUGGAAAGGAAAAGGCAACAUAACACCAGAAACAAGCGCUACAACACACAGAAGCUCCAGAACCCCCAAACUGCUAACAGAUAUGCCAGUAGACUGCGGGAAAGGCUGCCGCUUGACCAGGAGCACCCAUGGGAAGAAAUUGUGACGAAGAUUCAAGAAACUGCCGAAGAAACACUGGGUAGAGAACAGGGCCAACGAAAAAAAUGGAUCUCUGACGAGACUUGGGACCUCAUCAACAAAAGGAGAAAUGCUAAGCAACUAGCGACCACUGAAAACAAUAACAGAUCUCCACAAUAUCAGAGCUUAGCAAAGCAAGUUAAGAAGGCCGCUAGAAGGGACAAACGAAGAUACCUUGAGCAGAUGGCGUCCCAAGCGGAGCAGCACGCCAACCAGAACAACAUGCGCAGCUUGCACCGAAUAAUUGGCAACCUUACCGGGCAAAAAGAAAACACAACACGCCCUGUCAGAGACCGAAAUGGCAACCUAGUGACAAAUGAGGAGGCCCAGCUGGAAGUAUGGAAACAACAUUUCGAAUCCAUUAGCAACAUAACAUAUUCAUCCAGCGAAGAAACACAUGACAGCAACCCAAUCAGAAGACAAGCAAACUUAAGAAUUUCUGAAGAUCCCCCAAGCAUCGGUGAAAUAAAGACAGCCAUACGAGCACUUAAACAUAACAGGGCCGCAGGGAGUGAUGGUAUAACAGCGGAACUUCUUCAGGCGGACGCACUAACUACGGCCCAGCUGCUAGAACCACAUAUAUCCCGAGCUUGGAGUGAAGAAAGUGUUGCGCAGUCAUGGAAGAAGGGCCUAAUCAUCAAGCUACCAAAGAAGGGCAACUUGACUCACUGCGAUAAUUGGAGAGGCAUUACACUACUGAACAUAUCAUACAAGGUCUUGGCAACAAUUAUCCAGAAUCGCUUAAGAGAGAAACUAGAAAAUACAAUACGUGAAGAACAGGCUGGAAUACAGAACACCACUAUACAUGCUCUUCGUGGACUUCAAGAAGGCUUUCGACACAAUCAGGCGCGAUGCGAUAUGGAAAGCACUCAAAGACAGGGGAACCCCAGACAAAAUUAUCCGCCUGAUCCAAGCGCUGUACGCAGAAGCCGAGCUCGCAGUACUACACCGAGGAAAAAUAAGCGAGUCUUUCACCACCCAAUCAGGAGUCAAGCAGGGUUGCCCGCUGUCGCCGAUGCUCUUCACAAUCGUGCUGGACAACAUCCUACAAGUCGCCUGCUCACAAAGAAGGGGUAUAAUCUGGAAUCUGACUCAACACCUAGAAGAUCUGGAUUAUGCGGAUGA